AUGCCAAAAAUUAGACAUGCGCGGACUAAAAAACCUCCGGAAGGGUUCGAAGACAUUGAACCAACUUUGCUUGAGUUUGCUCGAAAAAUGAAAGAUGCUGAGAACGAACCACACGAGGGAAAACGCCGUGUUGAAUCUUUAUGGCCUAUUUUUCGUUUACAUCAUCAAAGAUCACGUUAUAUUUAUGAUCUGUAUUAUAAGCGUGAAGCAAUAACGAAAGAAGUAUACGAAUAUUGUAUAAAACAUGGAUAUGCUGACGGAAAUUUGAUCGCAAAAUGGAAGAAGCCUGGAUUUGAACGUCUUUGUUGCCUUCGAUGCAUCCAACCUAAAGAUACAAAUUUUGGUAGUUAUUAA